UUCUGGGCAGUGGUAAUGGCAAAUGGCCUUCAAGGACAGCCCCUUGCGGGGUCUCCUCUGUCGAGAGCUGCCCAAGCUCAGAGCCCAGCCCCUUCCCCGGAGUCCAGCUGCUGCAGUGACCCAGAAGUUCGGGUGCCCCGGGCCUCCCUCCACUCAGCCUGCUUCCCUCCCCUGCGCCCUGUGCACCUGCUGCUCUCUCCUCUCCACAAGCCCGGCGGAGCAGCUGUGCUAAAUGCCCCCUCGCCCGGGAUCCCGGCCUGUUCUUGCUGCAUGCAGAGCAGAUGUGCUGGGGUCCACGUUCCGUCAGCAUCCGAGCCCCACCCUCCCCCUAAACCAGCUCUCCAGCAGGGGCGCGGGAAAAGCCCCGCGGAGGAAGCCGUCGGCGCGGGGUCUGGGAGGCGAGGCGCCGCCCAGAGCUCAGGACGCUUUCGCAGCGGGGACACCGAGGCCUGCGCUCAGAUCACACCGCGCGUCGGGCGUGGGCGAGGACAGGCCCAGGCUGCGGGGUCUCCGCGCUCACUCGCGCCCCGUCCCCUGUCACCCAGGGUGGCCGUCGUAGUUGGCGCCCCCAGGGCCAGGGGCCCGGAUCAGGAGGAGACGGGCGCCGUAUUCCUGUGCCGCUGGAGAGCGGCAGGCGGCUCCUGCUCCUCGCUGCUCUUCGAUCUCCGGGACGAGACCCGGAACGCGAGCUCCCAGACCUUCCAGGUCUUCAAGGCGCGGCAAGGCCUCGGGGCGUCGGUCGCCAGCUGGGACCACGUCAUCGUGGCCUGCGCGCCCUGGCAGCACUGGAACGCCCUGGAAAAGACUCAGGAGGCGGAGAAGACGCCCGUCGGCGGUUGCUUCCUGGCCCAGCUCCAGACCGGCGGCCGCGCGGAGUACUCGCCGUGCCGCGCCAACACCAUGAGCCGGGUCUACAAGGACUGGCUGUUCAGUGGAGAUAGGCGAUACUGCGAAGCGGGCUUCAGCUCCGCGAUCACCCAGGCUGGCGAGCUGGUGCUGGGGGCCCCUGGCGGCUACUUUUUCCUGGGUCUCCUGGCCCGGGCGCCGAUUGCCAGCAUCCUCUCGAGCUUCCAGCCCGCCACCCUCCUGUGGCACGUGCCCAACCAGACCUUCACCUUCGACUCCAGCGGCGCCGAGUUCUACGACGGCUACCGGGGGUACUCGGUGGCCGUCGGCGAGUUCAACGGAGACCUGAGAACUCCAGAGUAUGUCGUCGGUGCCCCUACUUGGAGCUGGACCCUGGGAGCGGUGGAAAUCCUGGACUCUCACCACCUGACGCUGCACCGGCUGCACGGGGAGCAGAUGGCUUCAUACUUCGGGCACUCCGUGGCUGUCACUGAUGUCAACGGGGACAGCAGGCACGACCUGCUGGUGGGCGCCCCGUUGUUCAUGGACAGCCGGGCCGAUCUCAAGCUGGCUGAGGUGGGGCGUGUGUACCUGUUCCUGCAGUCCCCGGCCCCCCGUGUGCUGGGCACCCCCAGCCUCCUGCUGACCGGCACUUGGCUCUAUGGGCGGUUCGGCUCCGCCAUCGCACCCCUGGGCGACCUCAACCGGGAUGGCUACAACGAUGUGGCGGUGGCCGCCCCCUACGGGGGUCCCAGCGGCCAGGGCCAGGUGCUGGUGUUCCUGGGCCACAGCAAGGGGCUGAGCGCACAGCCCUCCCAGGUCCUGGACAGCCCCUUCCCCACAGGCUCUGGCUUUGGCUUCUCGCUGCGAGGGGCCACAGACGUCGAUGACAACGGAUACCCAGACCUGGUGGUGGGAGCCUAUGGGGCCGGCAAGGUGGCAGUGUACAGAGCCCGGCCGGUGGUGACAGCCACCGUCCAGUUGCUGGUGAAGGACACGCUGAACCCCACGGAGAAGAGGUGUAUCCUGCCCCAGACCCGGACCCCAGUGAGCUGCUUCAGCAUCCAGAUGUGUGUGGGAGCUGCCGGGCACAGCAUUCCACAGAAGCUGCGGCUGAGCGCCGAGCUGCAGCUGGACCGGCAGAAGCCCCGCCAGGGCCGCCGGGUGCUGCUCCUGGAGUCGCAGCAGGCGGGCACCACACUGAGCCUGGACCUGGGCGGGAGGCACAGCCCCGUCUGCCACACGACCACCGCCUUCCUUCGAGACAAGGCCGACUUCCGGGACAAGCUGAGCCCCAUCCUGCUCAGCCUCAACGUGUCACUGCCACCAACGGAGGCUGGCAGGGGCCCUGACCUGGUGCUGGCCGGGGACACGCACAUCCAGGAGCAGACCCGCAUCAUCCUGGACUGUGGGGAGGACGACGUGUGUGUGCCCCAGCUGCAGCUCAACGCCACUGUGGCGGGUGCUCCGCUGCUCAUUGGGGCCGAGAACCUGCUGGAGCUCCACGCCACCGUGGCCAACGAAGGCGAGGGGGCCUAUGAGGCAGAGCUGGCCUUGCAGCUGCCCCCGGGCGCCCACUACAUGCGGGCACUGAGCGACAUGCCGGGCUUCGAGAGGCUCGUGUGCAGCCAGAAGGAGGAGAACGGGAGCAGGCUGGUGCUCUGCGAGCUGGGCAACCCCAUGGGAAAGGACGUCCGGGUAGGGGUCACCGUGUGGGUGAGCGUGGGGGACCUGGAGCGGGCCGGCCAGCAUGCGACCUUCCGGCUGCAGGUCAGGAGCCGUAACAGCCGGAACCCCAACAGCCAGAUGCUGCUGCUGCAGGUGCCGGUGCGGGCCGAGGCCAGGGUGGAGCUUCUAGGGAACUCCUUCCCGGCUUCCCUGGUGGUGUCAGCAGAAGAGGGUGCCAAGGAGCGGGGCAGCUUGGCCAGCUCGGCCCCCAGGGUGGAGCACACCUAUGAGCUCCACAACAGAGGCCCAGGCUCCGUGCGCGGCCUGCGCCUCCACGUGCACCUGCCCGGGCAGUCCCAGCCCACCGACCCGCUGUACAUCCUGGACGUGCAGCCCCAGGGCGGCCUGCAGUGCUCCCCACAGCCCUCGCCCAACCCCCUGGAGCUGGACUGGAGGCCGCACACCGCCAGGGCGGCCCCCACGCGCCAGGCGCAUCACCCGCGGGAGCGCAGGCAGGCUGGGCCGGGGCAGCCGAUGCUGGUGAGCUGCGACUCGGCGCCCUGCACGGUGGUGCAGUGUGAGCUUCAGGAGAUGGCGCCCGGGCAGCGGGCCAUGGUCACCGUGCUGGCCUUGCUGUGGCGGCCCGGCCUCGGCCAGGGGCCGCCGGAGCUGACGGAACUGCAGUCGCGCGCGUGGUUUGACGUCUCCUCGCUCCCGUACGCGGUCCCGGCGCUCAGCCUGCCGAGCGGAGAGGCCGUGGUGCGGACGCAGCUGCUGCGCGCCCCGGAGGAGCGGGCGGUGCCCACCUGGUGGGUGCUGGUGGGUGCGCUGGGCGGCCUGCUGCUGCUCGCGCUGCUGGUGCUGGCCAUGUGGAAGAUGGGCUUCUUCAAGCGGACCCGGCCUACCCUGGACGAAGACGAAGAGGAGGAGUGAGGGCCGGGCUGCCGGCUCUCCGAGGACGCUCCCGGGCGCCCUGCCCUGCCCUGCCCUGCCCUCCCCUCCCCUCCCCUCCCCGCUCCUGCUGCCCAAUAAAGAGGCGCCGACACCCAGGGUGUGCUGGCUCUCGGGGCGGCCGCGGUGGAAGUUUGAGCAGAGGGCCUCUGCCAGGGCCAAGGUGUGCGUGACAGUCCUGGGUGCAGAGCUGGAGGCGGGGCCGGGAGAAGGCAUAACCUGGUGUGAUGGCGCGGGCCUGUGAUCCCAGGACUCAGGAGGCUGAGGCAGGAGCUUGUGAGUUCGAGGUCAGCCCGAGUUACAGCGUGAGAUCCCAGCUCCAAAACAAAGUAGUGUAUAUCGCACGAUUCUGAUGGAUAAACUUCCAAACCCAGUGAGGGUUGGAAAAGUACACUUUUCCGGCCCUGUCCUGGCCUUCCCCCAAAAAGGCCUUUAGAGCUGUAUUGGGGUGAGGACAGGCAGAGCCUGAGGGAGAUGUCACCCCUGCCUGGGGACAAGUGACCCUCCAACUCUUCUGCUGUUCCUUCUUCCCCACCAAGAAGGGUCUUUUGUUAGGACGGGGGCGGGGAUUGCAUGGCAGCUCUGCAGCUGAGGUUACUGGAGUUGGGGAUGGACGUGGGGGUCCCCAAGUCCUGAGAGGUUUGUUGAUCCAUGCGUUCCAUAACUUUUUUCCAGUAGUGGGGAUUGAACCCUGAGCCUUCCCACAAAGCUGCACUCACAAGUCCCUCUUUAUUUUUGAGACUGGGUCUCCCUAAGUCACUAGGUUGCCCAGGCAAACCUGUGAUCCUCCUGCCUCAGCCUCCCAGAGUGCACCACCACUCCUGGCUCCCUACACCUGGAUCUGUUCCAGUGCCCAGAGGCAGCCAUGAACAAUGCCAAGUCCUACCCUCAGGAAACUUGCAUUCAAGGGCAGAAAGAAGAAUAAACUAAGAAAUAAAACCCUG